AUGUCAAAUAUAUUUUUUCCCUCGUUUCCACCAAGGAUCUCCGUAGAUGAGUUAAUAAAACCUAGGAAUCGUAAACAAAAACAACCAACCAAAGCGCCUAACGCAUUUAUGAUAUAUCGAAUUAACUAUUGUCGCGAAAUUUGGAACGAUCGAAAUAUCUCUCAGCCAGAAAUUUCCUCUAUGGCAAGUCAAGCAUGGAAGCAAGAGUCUCAAGCUGUCAAAAGAACAUACUUCGAGUUUGCCAAACAGGCUAAAGAGAUUUAUUUAGCCCGGAAUGCUGAAAAUCACGUAAUUGAUGACGGAGAUAUCGGUAGCAGUCAAUCACAAAAUGAAGACGUUCAAGUGAUAACCGAAAGCGACACCUUGAUCAAUAUUCAACCAAACAGAAUUACUGAGAAUAUUAAUCCUCUCGUAUCUGAAACCGAAGUGACAUCUUUUGACAAUUAUAACUUUAAUAUCAACCUUGAAUUCACUAAUAUGCAAUCUCGCAUUGCUAUUCUUGAGAGCGAACUCGUCUCAAUGAACUCUCAUGUUGUUAUUCUUGAGAACGAACUCGUCUCAAUGAACUCUCGUGUUGCUAUUCUUGAAAAUGAAAGCACUUCAAUGAGACAGACUAUAUCUUUCUUUAAUAUUUAG